AUGCCUGGAUCAAGCACGGCAUCAUCCAGCCCGAUUCCGUCCAGCUCCCCGCCGAGGAUGCGGGCAGGCACGAGACCAGUCGGAAGACCAGAGGGACAAGGCACAAUCCAAUCUGGAAGCUACAGCGCCUAUGAAGGAGGCAGCUCCAGGGCGAGAGCCUUCCCCAUUCGUGUCGGUUCAGAGCGUAAAAGACGGUUGACCAGCACCGGCGAGGAUGCGAGGUCACAAUGGGAACGAUCCGGAGGCACGGCUGGACCGGCCCGAAACAAUGGGGGAUCCUCUAGGAGUAUCCUGCCGCAUAGAUCUGUUUCGAUGGUAUUGCCUUCGUCCCGCACCAGGACUUCUAUUUCCGCAGCACCUGGCUCGUCAUUCGCAACAGCAAUUGAUAUCUCUUCCUCUCCCCCAGGGACGCCUCGUACUUCUACUUCUGACGAGCAACUGCUGGGGUUUUCUCGACGGGAGAAUCCAACACCCUGGAUUAAUCAAACUCGCUCCAUUCCACCUCUUCCCAAUGAUAUACCCCCACCACCUACGGACAUGGCUCUCCCGAAAUGGCAGGCUGAUUCGGAUGUGUCAGAAUGUCCGAUCUGUGGGAUUGUCUUCAGCUUCUGGCACAGAAAGCACCACUGUCGAAAGUGUGGGAGAGUUGUAUGUGCAUCAUGUUCCCCACAUCGGAUCACGAUUCCCAGACAGUAUAUUGUCCGGCCUCCUGAGUUUGUUGACAUCCUGCCCGAUUCUCCGGCAAUGCCUUCACACCCUCCACCGGUUGUCGAUCUCACAGGCGAUAACCCUGUCCUAUCAUCAUCACCAUCAAGACCAGAAGCAUCGACAGCAAUAACGGCACUCAAUCCUGCCCUUGGUGGAGGCGAAGAAGUACGACUUUGCAAUCCAUGUGUGCCGGAUCCAAACCCGAAUCCCCUUGGCUACAGUACUGUGCGGGCACACGGCCACCGACCUACUCAUUCUCUUUCAUCUACUAUGGCCAACGCAUACCGUGCCUCACCGGGUCCAAGCCAGAACCUCGAAGCUCGUCAGGAACGACGGACCGUGGGCGCAAAUGACCGGCCACAGUUCCUAAGCGAACUAAAUUCUCAACCCCGUCUAGUUCCCUCGGCCACUGGCAUAGCCCGACCGCGUCGUUCAUUUUCCAGUCGCGAGGGGAACCGGCCUGCACCGGACGAGGGUGAUUUCUGCCCCGUAUGCAGACGUCAAUUUCUUCCACUUAGUCCCGAGCAGCCUCUUGAGGCGCGCCAAGCUCAUACCCGGGCGUGCAUCGAGAGCUAUUUGAGACCGACUGCCUCGCCCCAGGCAUCAUCCGUGCAACAGGGUCCUCCGCUGCCGUAUCCUCCGCCAGCAGCCCGCAUGCUUCCAUUUGUGGCCACGGAGAAGGACUGCCUUGGUGAGGAUGGCCAGGCAGCGGAGUGCACCAUCUGUAUGGAGGACUACGAGGUUGGGCAGACCCUGGCCCGCCUUGAAUGCCUCUGCAAGUUCCACAAGCACUGUAUUGUUGAUUGGUUUGAGAGGAAGAUGGAGUGCCCUGUCCAUAAGCUUUCAUAA